AAAUAUCAAAAAAAUUUAAAAAUUAUUUUAAUUUUUAAUGGUCUAUGAAAAUCGCUACAAAAAUUGAUCAGCCCUCCCCCCAAAAAAAUCCUGUCUACGCCACUUUUCCAAAUUCUUCCUAUUGGAUGGUGUAUAUCUAAUUAUAAACAAAUUGAAACAAUUUAAAAUACUACCUAGUUAAGUGGUUUUUUUUUUUUUAAUGUAAAAUUAACAAUAUUAUAGUUUGUAUUAAGUAUAUCGAUAUCAACAACCGUAAUAAACACAUCAUAUGGCACACAUCUGCAGUAGAUUGUAGAUAUUACCACAGACAUACAAAACAAUUAUUUAUUAAUAAUUAUUCAUAUGUAUAUGUCUAUGGAUAUUACACAUAGAAUUAAUAUAAUGUAUUGUCAGUUAUUAUAAAUAUUUGUUGGACACACAGUGAACUAAGUCAAAAUUUCGGCUGUGAUGAUUUAUUAAAAGUAUACCAAGUUUUCAAAAUUCACUGACUCGAAAAAUUAUUUUAAAUAAAAUUUGGAAUUUUCAAUUUCAGUGGAAAUUGUUUAUCGUUACCCCCCUUUACCCACGCAAGUCAGUACGUGAGACGAAAAUUUUUAGCGUUAUAUGAUAGCGUUUUCAUUGUUAAAAUGCAUUUUAUUGUAUCACACUAUCACUAUUGAUAACUUUUGAAUGCCUUUAACUUUUAAGUAAACAAUAUUUUCAGUAUUCAGUGCAUCAUUUUCCGAGCACUAAUUACUACUAAUAUGUGGCAACAUUAACGACUAACAUUUCAUUGACUAUUAUUAAUUAUUUAUUAUAAUUAGACAAGUCACAAAAUAAUAAAUAUAGGAAAUAAUAAUAAUAUACAGUAUACACAAAUACACAAUACAUAUGCGACAAUGGCGAGUCCACAUACAAAACAAAUUUCAAACGAUUCAAAAACCGCCAACGUCUGAAGGGUUUUCCCCUAACGUUCAACGGAAACAGUGUAACAGUCGUGUUUUCCAUAAUUAAAUUGAAAUAGUUAUUUAUAUAUUUAUUUCAGGCUUAGUAUUUUAUUUUAUUUUUUUUUUUCGUCGGUAAUUUUAUUGCCAAUCACUAAUCAGUGUUAUACUGCUAUUGCACCAUGCCGUUGCGAUACGUUCAUGAUCAUUCCGCUUUCGGUCCCUCAACUGUCAUAUACCUAAUCUAACCGACGAAUUUCGAUUUUUAUUUUUCGGGAAAACAAUAUCUUACAUCGACGAUUGACACGCUAUUCCAAAUUCAGUCGCGAAGAUGGACGAUUCGAUGUUGGAAAACUCUAACGAAUACCAAUCUGUUGAAUCCAUGUUUUACGGAGCAAACGUUAGUCAAAUUAUAAGAGUGCAAAACCCAUUCACUUAUGGCCGCUUCAUGUUAAGGCGUGAAAUGGUUCAAUCCACUUAUGAAGAAACAGUUUUUCAUGGAAUUCACAAAGAUGAUUUGAACAUUGCAUUGAAAUUUAACUGUGAUUAUAGAAGAUAUACAAAGAAACGAGAUGGGAUAUAUGAAAACUUUCAACAUCCUAUGUUUUAUAAAUCAUUCUCGGAUUUGUUAAACAAUACUAUACAUGCUAUUACAGACAUAAAUGUCUUAGUUUUAAAAAUAAUGACAGAUACACCAAAAACACAAUGUGAUUAUUAUGUUCAAUAUAUUGUUAAAUUUUGAUUUAUUUUUAUUGAAAAGCAAGAUUUUAAUCAAUUAAUUUAAUUUUAAUUAAUAAUUAACUACUAUAAUAAUAAUUCACUUUUUUUUAUGUUUUUAAAAAUAUUAAACAGGUAUAGAUAUACUAAAAUAAUUAGGUCAACCAAAUUUAAUAUAAAUUUGAGUUUUCUUAAAUAAGUACCUGAAAUGAAAACAUUUUUUAAGUGGUGUCAAUUGUACUUAAUAUAUUAUACUUUAAUUUAUGCUUAUACAUUAUAAUAAUUAUGUUUAAUCAGUGGACGCUGGGAAAAUAAAAUAUAUUUUCUGUAGAUUUUAUUUCAGUUUAAUUAUACAUCACUAUUCUAUAAUACUGUUAACUAUUUUUCAAUUAUUUAAAAGGGUCGAUAACUGUUAUUACUUAUUAUACGACUUCUUUUCAUUUUCAUUAAAUUAUUAUGUUUUUCAUACAGAUGAUGUUAUUUUAACUUAUGAUUUUAUGAAUAUAAUUAUUUUUUUAAAUUUUAA